AUGCUGGCGGCUGCAGCUGUCACAGUCCAGCCCAUUCUAGUCCAGCUCAGCCCCAGACAGCCCUCCGCACCACACAGACCGAAAAGCAUCGCUAACCCGCAAUACCAUCGCGCAGUCAUGUGUCGCGUCACAGAUUCCACUGGCUAUCCCACACUCGCCAAGCUGGCAACAUCAGCAUCGGCCAAGAAGCUCUGGUUCCAGUACAUGCUGGUUGAUGAGGCUUAUUUCCACUGCUUCGUCGCUCUGUCGGAGGCAUGCGUGGACUUGGCUCUUGGCAAGAAGAGGGAGAGCUGCUCGUCCGAAUAUCGUCACCACCUCGCCACAGCCCUGCGCCUCAUCAAUUCCAACCUCUCCAGCCACGAGGCCGUCUCGGACACCAACAUCGCCGGCGUCAUUGCCUUGUGCGACGUUGGCCUGAUUCGUGCAAAUCUCUGCCAGGCCAGGGCCUACUUUGAAGGAUUAUGUCGGAUGAUCAAGGUGCGCGGUGGAACUGGCCAGCUCCAGGGAAACCCGGCGCUUCUCCAGAAGGCGCAGAGCAUCGACAUUGACCUGGCACUGCUGGGGUGGUGCCCUGCCCAACUGAGCAAGUCUGCCAAGGAACUGGACCAGAUCGUUCCCAUCUUCUCCGUCUUGGAGGUCACAUCCCCGCUCGUCAAUGCGGUGCGGAACACCGACCAGGAUGUUUUCAAGGCAGCGCAGGAUGUCAUGAAGAUGUCCCGCAUCUUCAACUCGAGCGUCGCGUCGAGGAAGCUCGGCGCGGAUGCGUUCCACGACAUCGUCAUCAGCCUCUGCUACCGGCUCCUGGGCAUCGGUGCCAUCAGCGGCGCCUCCAAGCUGAGCAACCCCGUGGCCAGGGCUGCGCACCUCGGCCUGAUUGCCUUCAUGACGACAUUCCUCCCUCAUCUCAGCCAUGGCCGGGAUCAGAUGUACCAUGUCUUGUCGCGAAAAUACAAGGCUGCCUUGUCCAACGCUGCGUUUCGCAAAUCGAUUGAUCCCGCCACUCAUCUUUGGCUCCUCAUGGUCGCCGGCUUGUCGGUCCUCGAGGACGGUGAAUUCAGCGAAUGGCUUGCCCCUCGCAUAUCUGAGGUUCUCGAUCAGUUUGGCAUGGAUGAGUGGUCAUUUGCUCGCCGACUGAUGGGCAAGUACCCGUGGGUCAACAGCGUGCACGACACUCCCGGGGCCGCUGUCUGGCAAAAGUGCUUCCCUACAUCAACAGCACAAAACAAUUAA